GGCCAGGGAUUGAACCCACAACCUCACAGUUCCUAGUCAGGUUCGUUUCCGCUGCACCCCGACAGGAACUCCUCCUUUGUCCACUUUUAAAGAAGUGAGAUCUAAAUCACAUUCCAGUUUGCAGAGAUUCCUUAAAUGUUUUGAUACUUAUUUAGAUAUCAAUCCCUUGCUGGAUAUAGAUGUUUUUCUCCCAUUCUGACUCCUAAUAACCUUGUCCUGUGUUUCUCCAUUAAACAGAAAUCCUUAACUUUUAUCUAGCAGAUUUAUCACUGUUUUCCUUAUGAUUUGUGCUUUGAAGUUUUGUUUUAAGAAGUCAUUCUCUGAGGAGUUCCUGCUGUGGUGCAGUGAGUUAAAGAUCUGGCAUUGUCACAGCUGUGGUGUAGGUCACAGCUGCAGCUCAGUUCAGUCCCUGGCCCGGCAGCUUCUAUACGCCAUAGCUGUGGCUGAAAAAGGAAAAAAAAAAAGAAAAAAGUUGUUCCCUGUCCUUAGAUCAAGAAGACAUUCUCCCACAUUUUCUCCUGUUAAGGACCUGGUAUGUGACACAGUGGCACAGUGGCACAUACCACAUUAUUAGCUACUGCACACUCAAUUCAGAGGACAUGCAAAUUGAAAUAACAGUCAGCCACCAUUUCACACCCAUCAGAUUGACAGAAAUUUUAAAGUCUGAUAAUUGUGGGAAAUGGAAGCUCCCACACACAGCUGGGUAGAAUAUAAAACGGUACAGUCCCUUUGCAGAGCAUCUUGAUAAUAGCCAGUGAAUUCUGAGAUGCACCUAACUCCGACCCAGCACUUCCCUCUGGAGGCUUAGUCUAGAAAAACCCUUGUCUAUGUGCAUAUGUAGACAUGUAUAGAAUACCAAAAUAGCCUAUAGCAUUAUUUGAAACAAGGAGAUAAUAGAAACAGGUCUUUCAGUAGGAGAAUGAGUAAAAUACAUUUUAAUUUGUUCAUAAAAAGGGACUACUAUAUAGCAGUUAGGUAAACUAGAAUGGACAUGUAUCAAUAAGAAAACAUUUUAGAAACAGUUGUAUAAAAAGGUUGCCAAAGGGUUUGGACAGUAUAUUAUUUAGAAAGCUAUGAAGUGUCAUAAGCACGAGAUGAAGCUUUUAUUAAAAUUAUAGUAUUUAUAUGUUAUGUGUGCAUAGACACAUGUUCUGGAUACACACACUCUGCUGGGAAAUGACAUAUACCAACAUUAGAAUAACUCAAGGAGAGAGAGGGGAGGACAGAGACAGGAAGUGAGGGUUUAAUUGUAUAUGUGACCAUACAUCUGUGUCCUUAAAGAGGGGAAAGGGGGAGACCUGAGGGAAUCUGGCUAAAGUUAGUAUCUGGGGAUGUGUAAAUAAAUGAAUAAGUUCCUAAUACUAUUCUAACACUAUGGUCUAUGAUUUCAGAGCAGUUUAAAAUAUCUAAUAGUUGAUUGUUCCAUUGUAAAAAUUUUUCUCCAAAAAAGAGAAAAUGCUCCAAAACAGCUUCACAAAGAUGAAAAAACUAUUUCUGUGAAUAACCGUGGUAGAGUUCACAAACCUUGCAACUCUCUACCUUCCUGAAUCUGAAAUCUUGAUAUUUACCAAUAACUCAAGAAAAGUAGAUCAAAUUUAUUUUUAUAAGCAAUGCUAGUUUUCUUUUUUAAUCUCAGCUAAUAAUUUUUUAAAAUUAGGAAACUGCCAGAAUGUAUUAUGUAGUCCUAAACUCUUAUCAGUGACUGUGGACAAAGCAGUCACAAUAUCCUGAAUUUUUCUAAUUUUCACUCUACAAAAAAUUAAACCUUCUAGAAUUAGGUAAUAAUUACUAAGCAUACCCACUAUAAUGUGUUUCUAGUUGUUUCCUGUAAAACUACCAUCCUUGGGAAAAGUAGACUUCUUACUUUUUCGUGGUACAUCCACAUUCCCUGGUAGCAUGAUUGUUGGAUAUAAUACAGGAAUCUAUUCAUCCUCAUGAAUGUAUUGAACCACAUCCUGCUCCCCAGCCAAACCUCUGUCUGGAGCAUCUCUGUGCCCUCUGUCCCAGAGAAGUGGGAACCGGCUUUGCCAUUGGUCCUUGCUUUUCUUGUGGACCAGAACCAUUUGUAGAGAUGCUCUGUUUUAAUGUGAUUUUUUGCUUCCGUUGGCAUGACCAGAGUAACUCCAUUUCAAACAUGGAUUUGGAAGCAAGGGAAUAAAUCCGUAGGGAAAGGCUGAAAAGUAUUAUUAGUUAGGCUUCAUUUUUUAUCUUGAAUAUUUUAAUGACAAUUACUGCCCAAAGUCAAAACCGAAGAAUCCGUUUUAAUAUUUUUCCCCAGCAAAGCGUGCACGACUUAAGGCAAACUGUGUUAUUUAUAGAUUGGCCUCAGUGAUACAGUAAACAACCUAUGCUUUUCUUUUUUUAUCUAGGAAAAGUAAUACGUCACAUACACCAUUAAUUUACCGUAUGUGAACAACCAUCCUAAUGACGUCCUUAGGAGCCAAGGAAUUUAAUUAGGAGAUGUGAUUUUCAAAAAUAAUGAAAGAAGAUCAUGAGUAUUGGACUCCCUGUCUAUCUUUCUAUAACAUCAGCAUGGAGAUGGAUAAAAGGUUAAACCAAGAACCACAACUGUUAAUGCAGAUUAAACCCAGAAACUUCUAUGGAACUCCCAAGCCUCCAGCGGAGCCCAGCCCUUUCCAGCCAGAUCCGGUUGAUCAGGUCCUCUUUGAUAAUGAGUUUGACACAGAAUCCCAAAGAAAACGAACUACAUCUGUCAGCAAGAUGGAAAGAAUGGACAGCUCUCUUCCCGAAGAGGAAGAAGAUGAAGACAAGGAAGCUGUUAAUGGCAGUGGAAAUGCAGAAAACCGAGAGAGGCAUUCUGAGGCAUCUGAUUGGAUGAAGACCGUCCCGAGUUACAACCAAACAAACAGUUCCAUGGACUUUAGAAAUUACAUGAUGAGAGAUGAGAAUCUGGAACCACUGCCAAAAAACUGGGAAAUGGCCUACACUGACACAGGAAUGAUCUACUUCAUUGACCACAAUACCAAGACAACCACCUGGUUGGAUCCUCGCCUUUGUAAGAAAGCCAAAGCCCCUGAAGACUGUGAAGAUGGAGAACUUCCCUAUGGCUGGGAGAAAAUAGAGGACCCUCAGUAUGGGACGUACUAUGUUGAUCAUCUUAACCAGAAAACCCAGUUUGAAAAUCCCGUGGAGGAAGCCAAAAGGAAAAAGCAGUUAGGACAGGCCGAUCCUGGCGCUUCAAAACCAGAUGUGGAAAAAUCACAUUUUACUCGAGAUCCAUCUCAGCUUAAAGGCAUCCUUGUUCGAGCGUCAUUGAAAAAGAGCACAAUGGGAUUUGGCUUUACCAUUAUUGGUGGAGAUAGGCCUGAUGAGUUCCUACAAGUGAAAAAUGUGCUGAAGGAUGGUCCUGCAGCUCAGGAUGGGAAGAUUGCACCAGGUGAUGUUAUUGUCGACAUCAAUGGCAACUGUGUCCUUGGUCACACCCAUGCAGAUGUUGUCCAGAUGUUUCAGUUGGUACCCGUCAAUCAGUAUGUCAACCUCACUUUAUGUCGUGGUUAUCCACUUCCUGAUGACAAUGAAGAUCCGGUCGUGGACAUUGUUGCUGCUACUCCUGUCAUCAAUGGACAGCCGUUAACGAAGGGAGAGACUUGCAUGAGUACUCAGGAGUUUAAGUCAGGAGCCGUGAUUCUGGACCAGAAUGGCAAAUCGGGACACACCUUGAUCAGUGAUCGUCUCAAUGGACCGGUAGAUCUGAGUGAGCAGAGAGCAUCUAUGGCAUCAUCAGGCAGCUCCCAGCCUGAACUAGUGACUAUCCCUCUGAUUAAGGGCCCUAAAGGCUUUGGGUUUGCAAUUGCUGACAGCCCCACUGGACAGAAGGUGAAAAUGAUACUGGAUAGCCAGUGGUGUCAAGGCCUACAGAAAGGGGAUAUAAUUAAGGAAAUUUACCAUCAAAAUGUGCAGAAUUUAACACAUCUCCAAGUGGUAGAGGUGCUAAAGCAGUUUCCAGUAGGUGCAGAUGUACCAUUGCUUAUCUUAAGAGGAGGUCCUCCAUCACCAACUAAAACUGCCAAAAUGAAAACAGAGAAGAAGGAAAAUUCAGGAAGUUUGGAGGCCAUAAAUGAGCCCAUCCCCCAGCCUAUGCCUUUCCCACCCAGCAUUAUCAGGUCAGGAUCUCCGAAACUGGAUCCUUCUGAGGUCUACCUGAAAUCUAAGACUUUAUACGAAGAUAAACCGCCAAACACCAAAGAUUUGGAUGUUUUUCUUCGGAAGCAGGAAUCAGGGUUUGGCUUCAGAGUGCUUGGAGGAGAUGGACCUGACCAAUCUAUAUACAUUGGGGCCAUCAUUCCUUUGGGUGCAGCUGAGAAAGAUGGUCGGCUCCGUGCGGCUGAUGAGCUGAUGUGCAUUGAUGGAAUUCCUGUUAAAGGGAAAUCACACAAACAAGUCCUAGACCUAAUGACAACUGCUGCUCGAAAUGGCCACGUGUUAUUAACUGUCAGAAGAAAGAUCUUCUAUGGUGAGAAACAACCUGAGGAUGACAGCUCUCAAGCCUUCCUUUCAACACAGAAUGGAUCUCCCCGCCUGAACCGAGCAGAGGUCCCAGCCAGGCCUGCUCCCCAGGAGGCCUAUGAUGUUGUGUUGCAACGGAAAGAAAAUGAAGGAUUUGGCUUUGUCAUUCUAACUUCCAAAAACAAACCACCUCCAGGAGUUAUUCCUCAUAAGAUUGGCCGAGUCAUAGAAGGAAGUCCAGCUGAUCGCUGUGGAAAGCUGAAAGUUGGAGACCAUAUCUCUGCUGUAAACGGGCAGUCCAUUGUUGAAUUGUCCCAUGAUAACAUUGUUCAGCUGAUCAAAGAUGCUGGUGUCACUGUCACAUUAACGGUCGUCGCUGAAGAAGAGCAUCUUGGCCCACCCUCGGGAACAAACUCCGCCAGGCAAAGCCCAGCCCUGCAGCACCGGCCCAUGGGACAGUCACAGGCCAACCACCUGCCUGGGGACAGAAGCGCCACAGAAGGUGAGGUUGGAAAGGACGUCCCCACUUCGUACAGACACUCCUGGUCUGACCACAAGCACCUGGCGCAGCCCGACACGGCGACGAUCUCGGUCGUAGGCGGUCGGCACAAUCAGAGCCUUGGCUGUUACCCAGUGGAGCUGGAGCGAGGCCCCCGGGGCUUUGGCUUCAGCCUCAGGGGCGGGAAGGAGUACAACAUGGGGCUCUUCAUCCUGCGUCUCGCCGAGGACGGUCCUGCCAUCAAAGACGGCAGAAUUCACGUUGGUGACCAGAUUGUUGAAAUCAAUGGGGAACCUACUCAAGGCAUCACACAUACUCGAGCAAUUGAGCUCAUUCAGGCCGGUGGAAAUAAAGUUCUUCUUCUUUUGAGGCCAGGAACUGGCUUGAUACCUGACCAUGGUGAUUGGGAUGUUAAUAAUCCUUCGUCUUCAAAUGUGAUUUAUGAUGAACAGUCAUCAUUUCCCCCAUCUUCACAUUCUGCUUCCAUAUUUGAAGAGUCUCAGGUGCCAGUAACUGAAGAAUCUUUAAUGAGAGUUCAGAUAUGCGAAAAGGCAGAAGAAUUAAAGGACAUUGUGCCUGAAAAGAAAAGCACUUUAAAUGAACAUCAGUCUGAUAUAAAACAUCAGUCUCUUCUCCAUAAAAAUGUGAAUAAAAGGGAUCCACCCAACAGUCAUGGGCAUGGUGAUAAGAAAAAUCUCUUGAAAGCAGAAAAUGGUGUCACGCAAAGAGGUAGAUCUGCUAGUCCCAAAAAGUCAGCCAGUCGACACUCAGAGGAACAUUUGGAAAAGAUCCCCAGUCCUUUAAAAAAUGACCCCAAGAGAAGACCCAGAGAUCGAUCACUCAGCCCCAGGAAAGGGGAGAACAAGAGCUGUCAGACUGGACCAGAUCACUGCAGAAAAGGCAGGGGACGGUCCUCCAGCCCAAAGCAGCAGCCAAAAACCGAAGGCAGCAAAGACCAGUCAAGCAUGAGUCGAAGAGCCGGGGGCCAUGCCAGCGACCAUGCUGAGCAGAUCGCAGACAGGAAAGAAAGAUCAGGCGUCACCAGGAAAGACGCAACCCAGAGUCAGCUUGGAAAAAGCAGAGCCAGGUCUCCAGAGAAGAAAAGCAAGAGAAUGGAGGAAAAGUCUCUUCCAUCCCGAAAGACGAAUAACAUCUCUAGUAGAGUAGUGUCAGAAAAUGACAAAGGAAAGAAAGCAACCUUAGGAGAAACAAGUUCGAGUAAAGAUGAAACAGGAGAAAAUGUCAAAAGAGCAGAAAAGAAGCUGAAGCAGCAACCGGAAGAAAGAAUGGUCACAAACAAAAUAGAAGAUCACAAAGGAAAAGAACUAGAGACGGCCGACAAGAACAAGGAGAGCAGAGGGUUCAAACCUGAAAGCGGUUCUCCAGCUAAGAAAACACCAAUAACUCCAGGGCCCUGGAAGGUGCCAAGUGCAAGCAGAGCCACAGGCACUACGGGUGUGGCCGAGAAGCGGUUGUGACCUUUAGUAUAAAACAAAGAAAAACAAGUUGUAAUCUUCCUAAAAAGCAGCAUUCACAGCCCUGCCCACCCCAGCAAAAAAAAAAAAAAAAAUCAUUUUUUUCAGAAAUUCUGAAACAUAGUACAUUUUAACUUGAGCAUCAAGUUACCUAGGCUGCAUGAGGGGCCUUUAGGAUUGCUAAGCACCCACUGUCCCCGGCUGGCUGCCCGCCUUGCACUCAGGAAGGAGCUGCCCCUACGCACUCAUCUGACGUGUCCUGCUCAGCUGCCCAGCUUGUCCUCCCGAGUGUCUGAACGAACGACAUGCUGACACUGACGACGAGGUCACAACUCACUUUAUAUUUGUGCCAAGUUAUCUACUGUAUCAUGUCUAUUCUAUCCUUCUCACUCGGCUAUUUCCACAGUAAUGAAAAAACUAGGUUUGGCUUGGAAGUUGAUAUUCUCAAUAGCAUGUUGCAUGUUUACAAGAGAGAAAUAUUUGAGCCCUUGCAGAAGAGAUUGUGAAUUCAUCAUUAAGGAUGGCCUUCAGCCUCUUCUGACAGCUACUGAUGAUGUCCCCAUUUAAAAAUACAACUUCCAAACAUCACUACUGGAAAGAAAAAAAGAAAAAAAAACGUAGUUAAAUAUUGACUUUCUGAUGGUUGUUUAUUUUAAUUCGGCUGGCUAAGGUAUUUCAAGGAACUUAAAGAUAUUACUUACAAAUGAAUGUUCAAAUGAGAAAGAGUUCACCUCCUGCUAGGUUAUCCAACCCUAACGUGUUACAGCCUCUCAGGUCACCCUUUUAUUUCUGUUAUUUUAGGAUGAAAUCACAAAGAAGCAUGUGGAAUUAUUGCCCCUUGCUAUUUGAAGAAAAACUACCAAAUUUCCAUCUCUGGCUAUUUUGAUUGUACCAACUACUAAGGCACCAGUCACUAAGACAUAGUUGAGGAGGGACUUAAUCAUGAAGCCAGUUUCACAGUCUGUUGCCAGAUGAAGGACCUCCUCAUCUGGCAGCAGCAGCACAGAGUCGGGUGUUUCCAAGCAGAACCGUGUAGCCAAGCCCAGCACGUGAGGACAAAUGUGACGGCAGACAGCCCCUGCUAGAUCCAAUUUCAAUUUCUAGCUACAUUAACUUAUUUAAAAAUAAGAAAGGGAGACGAAGCACCUGCUUAGCUUACACAAAUUUUCAGAAUUCUUUCUUUAAAGUCUAAAGAUGUUUGUUGGGAGGUGGAGACAGUUUUUAACUCCAUAAAAUAGACCCAGGUUUCUUAGCCCCUGGAAGCAGCAUUCAGUAGCAUCUAUAAAUAAAGGGACAUUCUCAGAAUACAGCCAUUUCCUGGAGUAUCUGAACACACUCGUCCUGUCACCUCGGGUUCAUCUCAUUAUUGUGAAACGCAUCAUGUCCAGGUUCGUCCCUCUCAGAGUCUGACUGUGAAAGUCUCUAAUAUAACAACUGAAUCAGCCCCUGUAGAUAAGACAUGCUUCCCAGCGUGAGAUUUUUGAAAUCCCGUUUUCAUCCAGAACUAUAUUUACCCACCUGUUGUCACUACUUGAAUAGAGAAAAAUUAGAAGGCUUAAUAAAUGCUAAGAAUUUAGUACCACAAAAAUGAUUUAUUUUCCCUAUAGUCCACAAUUAGUGAUAAAAAUCCUAUUUUUAAUGGUUAACUGUGACAUAACUUUGAUGUCAUACAUUGUCAGUCAGAUGUGGCUCUUUCCUUUCCAAGUAACUUGUCACUGUACUGAUUCCUUACUGACUUAGCAAUGUGGCCUUGGAAUGCUAAGCAAAACAUGGAUGUACUGGUUGUAAAUGUUUAUAUAUUGUACAGUACCUUUAUAUAUACACUUGAGGUUCCGAUUAGAGAAAGAUCUGUAAAUCGCUCGUUAUUUUUUAUAUAGAUAUUAAAAAAAAAAA